UCCGUUCAGCAUCGUCAGCCUUUAUGCUACUACAAUACCUGUCGAGACUGAUCUGGUACUAUUACUACAUCACAGCCCUCUCAUUCAUGAUCCACCUCAAACCACUUCAACCCACAACUCCAUCACCCAACGUCAAUCAAGCAUGUGCAUGACCACCCAUUCAACGGAUAUUCAUUUCCCUGCCAUGUCAUCCUCCCAAGAAGCGCUCCCUCGAUAUGAAGCCCCGCCCCCUGCCUAUCGUACACUCGCACCCGCUCGACCCAUCAAAACCUUCAGCCAAACAAGGUCCAUCAACAUCGGUCAAAUCAUCUGCUACAUCGCCCCCGGAUCUAUCCUCAAAUUUCAGAAUCCCAACAAUAUCCAAGUCGAAGUGAGCGCUACUGUAAGGAGGUAUUAUGGUGAGGAUUAUACGCUUUUCCAACGGGUGUUGAUCAUCAGGAACUACGUGAAAGCUCAGCUUUUCAGGCUUGUCGAAGAGUUCAAGCUGGUUGAUGCUUCUUACAAUCUCAAGUCGACUCCAAAAGAAAUGGUAGCCUACUUAGAACAAGCCCUCCAAUACAUCUACACCGACCUCAACCAUUCCGGCCUCACGCACGGCGGACUCCCUCUCCUCAUCUAUCACUCCAAAACCACCUACUCGAACGCUAUCCAAAAAGGCGGCAGCAUCCUGCAACCGCAUUACUUUGAACAUGACGCCCGAAGUGCGGGAAGUGACGAAAGGGUUGAUCGAGGGGAAGAGGGUGGAAGUGGAGAGGGCUGUUGGGAGUGUGGUGUGUGAGAGAAUGAUGGCAGAGAGACGCAAGAGAGAGGGUGUGGCUGUGUGAAGAAUGUAGAGGAUGAAUGACGAGUACGGGUGAUGAGUGGCCGCUAGCUCGAGGAUGUGCAGGUGGAUUGAAUGACGCAGUCCCAAACUCCUAUACCUUCAUCUUAGAAAACUCGUUCUUAUCUGAUCUAUCAUAGACCUUUUUCACAUUGAACCUGCGAGCAGCUGUAACGUAACGACGCUGGGUACAUACUUGGCAUUUGGUAACGCCCUCAAAGGUGAAGCAAGGGAAACCCCUAGAUGGGAAACAGCUCUCGUUAGGGAAUAUAUCGUUGCUUGCUAGUGUCGAGCCAACAUUUCCCCAUACUACUCCAUCGAGGAAAUCACCAAGUGUCAAGUUUACACACAGCACCGUUACAGCUCUCCGCUUGUCCUCUCGAAAGGCAGGCAGGUAGGAGCGCGUGGUGGUGGAGCAGGAUAUGAUCGUACUGAGUCCUCACACUAUUGUCAGCGGACUACGACUGCCGAAGCAUCAUAGGAUGUGCUGUCAAUGGGAUCGCUACGGGUGUUGAUGUGAUGAUGUGGGCGAGAAAGUAGUGAGGAAUAGAGUCGAAGAAAAGAUGGAGAGCGAACAAGAAACAGAUCAUCAUCCAUUGGGACCAUUGUAGAGACAGUCCCAAUUACGUAAGCUGACGACAAACAACGCUUCCAUCAUCGUUUCCAUAGGGGU